CCGGCCUCGAGAGUUGAGACGCAUAUGCCCCUCCCCUCCACGCACCACCACCGAUCGACACCUUAAGAUCCGAUCUCCCCCUCCCUUCCCUUCCUCCAAUCCUCGUCGCCUCCCCACCCAAAUCCACACCACACCACCGAUGGCCCAGGUGGGCCAAGGCGGCGCAAUGCCUCCCGCCGCUGAUGCAAUGCCGGCCCCCAAGGACGCCGCCGACGGCGACGUCCGCAUGAUCUCCUCCAAGGAGCUCCGCGCCCACGCGUCCGCCGACGACCUCUGGAUCUCCAUCUCCGGCGACGUGUACGACGUCACGGCCUGGCUCCCGCGCCACCCGGGAGGGGACCUUCCGCUCCUCACCCUGGCCGGGCAGGACGCGACCGACGCCUUCUCCGCCUACCACCCGCCCUCCGUCCGCCCGCUCCUCCGCCGCUUCUUCGUCGGCCGCCUCUCCGACUACACCGUCUCCCCCGCCUCCGCCGACUUCCGCCGCCUCCUCGCGCAGCUCUCCUCCGCGGGCCUCUUCGAACGCGUCGGCCCCACCCCCAAGUUCCAGCUCGUCGGGAUGGCGAUCCUCUUCUGCGCAGCGCUCUACUGCGCCCUCGCCUGCACAAGCGCCUGGGCGCAUCUCCUCGCCGGCGGGCUUAUCGGGUUCGUCUGGAUCCAGUCCGGCUGGAUGGGCCACGACUCCGGCCACCACCGCGUCACCGGCCACCGGGCCCUCGACCGUAUCGUGCAGCUGCUCUCCGGGAACUGCCUCACCGGCCUCAGCAUCGCUUGGUGGAAAUGCAACCACAACACGCACCACAUCGCCUGCAACAGCCUCGACCACGACCCGGACCUCCAGCACAUGCCGCUCUUCGCCGUCUCCACCAAGCUGUUCGGCAACAUAUGGUCCUACUUCUACCAGCGCACCCUGGCGUUCGACGCCGCGUCCAAGUUCUUCAUCAGCUACCAGCACUGGACGUUCUACCCGGUGAUGUGCGUUGCCAGGAUAAACCUUCUCGCGCAGUCGGCCGUGUUCGUGCUGACCGAGAGGAAGGUGCCGCAGCGGUUUUUGGAGAUCGCCGGGGUCGCCGCAUUCUGGGUUUGGUACCCGUUGGUGGUGUCUUGCCUGCCGAAUUGGUGGGAGAGGAUAGCGUUUGUGCUUUUUAGCUUUUCCAUUUGCGGGAUCCAGCACGUUCAAUUCUGCCUGAACCACUUCUCGUCCGAGGUGUAUGUUGGGCCACCCAAGGGGAAUGACUGGUUUGAGAAGCAGACGGCGGGCACGCUCGACAUCUUGUGCUCCCCGUGGAUGGAUUGGUUCCAUGGUGGUCUGCAAUUCCAGACUGAGCACCAUCUGUUUCCCCGCCUACCGCGGUGCCAACUUCGGAAGAUUGCGCCUUUCGUGCGUGACCUUUGCAAGAAGCACGGAUUGCGUUAUGCUGCAGCCUCAUUCUGGGAUGCAAAUGUUCUUACAUGGAAGACACUGAGGGCUGCAGCCUUGCAGGCCAGGAACGCCACUACUGGCGCCGCGCCGAAGAAUUUGGUCUGGGAGGCCGUGAACACUCAUGGAUAAGUUAAGUGGGAGGAGGAUAGGAGUUCGAGGCAACUUCUGGUGUUCAUGCAAUUGUCUGAUUUCUUCUCAAUUGUUUAGAGAGAUUGAUCACUUAACCCGUUGGAGUCGGGUCAGAUUUUUCGUGUUGACAAGUGACUGUCUGUCCAGUUGAAGAGUGAGGUUGUCUGCUUGUUCACCGGUUGUUCUGUUCUCCAUAUCAAGGUAACUAUACCUACAGUACCUGCAUUAUAUUAUGAACUUGUUAUAAGAUUAUGUCCAUUUCGUUUUGCUUGCACUAUCAAGAUUGUGGAUGCUUGAUGUUCGUGAGCUUGUAAGCUUAAUGAAUGGCUGAUAACAUUGUGUGGCACUCGUGUAUUUUCUGUUGCUAUGGCAGCCGUUUUUCCUAUGGUUCAAGAUCUAUGUUUCGUUCAAUGAAGUGAUGGUUUCUAUGUA